UCUUUCCAACGAUAUUAACAACAAUCGAUCAGAUAGCAGAAACUGAGUGGCCAGAGAAAACUAGUUUCUCCAACAAUGAACGCUGAAUCGACCUCCUCCGUGUGUCGCUGUUGUUCCACCGUAAUCAGUGAAAGCAGCGAACCGUCCAUAGAUCUGAUUAAAUGUCCCGAAAUUAAUCGAAUGCUGAAACAACUUUACCCUUCCAAGAAUCUUCCGGGCGACGAACACAAGCUGAUCUGCAUGGCGUGCUACCUGAAUGCGCUGAAUCAUAGUAACUUCGUGGCGGAAUAUCGACAAAAACGGAGAACUUUCCGCAUGAACCAGCUAGUGCUAUACUCCCACUUGUGUUCGCCACCACCUGAGGUCCAAAACCUGGUUUCGGAGGACGACAGCAAAAGCGAAGAUGGCGAUGAGAACGCUAUCACUAAGGAAGUUUCGCCAGAUGAAAUAACUGCGUGCUCCGAGAGCUUCCGGGACGUUCCGGACAAAAACGACGUACCGGACAAAAACGACGUACCGGACAAAAACGACGUUCCGGACACAAACGACGUUCCGGACAACGUGGAACAGCCACCAACAGGAGAACCAUCAAAUGACGAAGUGGAUGCCUCAGUGCGUGCGUCGCCUUCAACGACUGCGAGUCCAACAGAGAAGGAGCUACGACCGGUGUUGGUGGACUGCCUGAAAACGCCACUGUAUGUGGAAUCUCUUGCACCGGUCGUCGUUACCGUCGAUCCGGCGCAUCCAAAGAUCACGCAGUAUCUGUGCGAUAAAUGCUUUGCCAUUUACGACCACCUGGGCGGCCUGAAGACACACCAGAAAAAUAACCGUUGCCACCGAUCCUGCCGCUACUGCCUGGCCGCAUUGCGGAACGGCAAAAAACACCGAUGCGAACUGCAGGUGAUGUACGAACCGGUCCUACCGCUGGUGCGGGGCAAUCGCCCGGCUCGGCGUCGUUCGGUCGAAAGCUCUCGCUCCCCGUCGAUUUAACAUCGUAUCGCGAGUUGACGGACUCCGAUGACUACGUAGAUUGAAACGUGCAUCAGUGGUUUACUUAGUAAAAAAA